UAAGAGUUAUCUCGGAGGAAAUACUUGUCCCAGAGUUUGAAGUAGCUACAGCUGAAGAAACUGACUUUCAGCUUCUUUUUUCAGCCUGUUUUAUCAUCGUCUGGACUUUGUGUCUUCUUUACUUCUGAAGUCUGAGGAUUUAAGUAAAAGAGUAAGAUGGGAAACUGGUUGUCGUGGGCCUGGGCUGCUGUUCAAUCACUGUACGCAGUGGAACCAGCAGAGGAACCAGGGGAGACUUCAGUGGACACUCAGAGGGAGACAGGAAACCCAACAAUCAUUGCCCAGAAAGGAGGAGUCGUCAGCUCACCUCAUGUCUCUGGUGUUGUCUCUAGAGGACGAAUCAACAUGUCCACCAAUGUCAACAACACAUUUGGACAGAGACCAGUGAAUACUGCAGCUGAAAUUCCAACAGAGACAGAAAGCCCGGCAGUCAUUGCUCAGGAUGGAGGAGUCGUCAGCAGAGCUCGGCUUUCUCGUGUUCUCUGUGGAGAAGACAUUGAUGCAUCCACCAACGUCACCAACAAAUCUGAUUGAAGUCCACCUGAGUCCAGUCUCCUGAGUGAUGAGAUGUGAGGGUAACCAACCAGUUCAACCAUCGUGUGGCCUGAAAAUCUGAUGGACUCUCCCUCUUUGUGUGUUUAAAGUGUGUUGAAAGUCUUUUUCUGAACUAAUAAUAAAAUUCUUAUAAAAUGUGAA